GUCUCCAAAGUUUACAAGAUUCCGCCGCGCAACAACACUUCGCUCUCCCUAUCCUUCUCUCUCUCUCUCUCUCUCUCUCUCUCUCUCUCUCACACGCUCAAACGAUCGCCGCUCGCGAAGUCGGUAACUUUGAGCGCUACCUCUCCGUGCACGGAGAGCGGCUCACGCUCGCCCGAAAUGCCUCCCCUCUCGCACCCGCUCGCCAACACAAAGCGGACCCGGCUUCUCGGAAUUGACGCCGCGCGCUUCUCGCCUGUCAACGCCCGCGAUUUUUCCCUGAAUUCUCGGGAACGAUUUGCGUUUUCCCUCUCGCCUUGUUCUCGUCUUCUAUUCGCGCUUUCCCGCGACUCUCUAUUCUCUCACUCACUCUCUCAAUCACUCUUCCUCUCUCUAACACACACACUCUAACCCCCGAUCACUUUCUCGUUCCCCGCACUCACCACUUUCUCUCACCUCCUGGCCGCUCCUGAGUAAGAACACUUACACUCGUCUCGUAGCCUCUUACACCUGGGUGGGCUUUCCCCUCGGCCUCGUUCGUCGUCUUCCUCCGCAACUCUCGCUCUCUCUCUCGUCUUCUUCCUCAGCAACUCUCGCUCUCUCUCUCGUCUUCUUCCUUAGCAACGUGACGAUCUUUCCUUAGACCCUCGCAGCUCUCGACCACUUCCUCUGCUUGGCUCUUUCCCGUAGCUCUCUCUCCACACACCCUCACGCAACACACACCGCGCUCUUCCACUCCCGGUAGACCCGCUCAGCGAGGAUCUCCGCGAGAUCCUCGAGCCUCACGUCUAAGUCCGUCGAAGAAUGGCAAUUCGAGGUAGUCGCUUCACACCCCGGAUAGAUGCACCAGAAUUAAUCCUCGGUUCACGGAAAACGAUAAACUUAGACAAUGGGAAAACAACUUGAAAACGCGUCCGUCUCGACUCGAUGCUAGCUGCGGAAUCCCGCGCUGCGCGUCUCGAGUCGCGCGCUCAGUCCCACUCUCCGCUCGCGACCAAUCAGCGCGCUCUCCCCUUGGGCCGCAACGUCGGCCGACGAGCCUCGCAGAUCGCUGCGAGAUUGAAAUCGCGCUGUUUCUGCGGGCUUGCCCCUUCCCUCGCUGACCUCGCUCACGUCUCACUCACUCACUCUCUCUCUCACACACACGGAUAAGUCGCAGCAGAGCUACACUUCGGGCCCGCGACACUCUUUUCCGGAAUCCUCUCCCCUCGCUGGUCUUCUGCAAACUCUUGACUGAUCCUCGCUUGUCGGCGAUUCCCUCGAAUUUCCUUGUCCUCAUGUUGACGUUCCUUCUCUUCUCCACUCGCACAAAAACCAAGAAAAUCGCGAUUAAUAAUUGCGAAAAACAAUUAUUAUUUACCCGAUAAAGAGCGGUUUUGCGACGGAUAGCAGAUCGGACAGCCAUGAAAAUAACAUCCAUGAAACUGGCACACUGUACCGGUUUCUAGAUUUUGAAGAUCCGGUAAAAACCCGUCGACUUUUAUACGACCCAAAAGGGUGUACUCUCGUCCACGCCCGGCAUGAAUGAUUUCCCUGCCUACCUGCUGCUCAACCCAUAACAACCAUUCUACGGCCUUUUGACUAUGUCUAUCGACGCGCACAUAACCGUUUACUUGUUCAGACCGCACGUCUCGCUCGCAGCGACAGACGCCGCGCAAGACCAGCACAUCGUGGGGCCCACAACGAGUCGCUGACGACGACGCCGAAGAUCGACGACGAGCGCACCGCUCCGGAUUCCACACCCAUCGCCAGCAGCCGAUCACCAUCGUCUAGCACGUCACCAAGCGGCUCUGCUGCGUCCAGCAAGCCGUCCCUGCCAGCAGCGGAGUAUCCUCCCGACGUCGACGCGCAUAGCUGAUUGUCGCCCUGGCAGCAGCAGUCCACCACGAAGCGUCACCUUCAACCGCAUCCUCGGCACCGACGUCCUGUCACAUCAGGUACCCGAGGAUGUUCAGCGAAGGACGCCUUUCAACGCCGACAACCAAGGCCAUCCCUGAGGGUGACCUUCUCACUCCUCAGGCCUUCCGCUAACGACACCUGGACGCUGCGCAUCAACCUCCGGACGAGGACACUGCAGCCCAGGCUGACAUCUUUUUUUACAACUCGGCAUCACCGGCUAUAGGCUUCUGCGGACAUACUUCUGGGCCCAAGUCCUUCCAUCCAAUAAGGACCUGGCGACUCUGGCCCACCACCAUCACCAUCGUCCGCACCCUCGCUUCAUCCGGGCUCAGCAGCCCUCAUCAGCACAGGCGCCAAGUCACGCAUCCGCAGCCUUCCUUCCAGGCAGGGCCUCCUCUACAGGAACCUCAUCAUUGUUCCUCGGGAACUCCGCCCUUGUCACUGGUGAGGGAGUAGCUGUGGCGGUCCCCUUCUACCACCACAUGCGACCCGACGCGCCGCCUAGCGGAGCACCACGACGUGGCGAGCGCGAGGGGAGCUAAGAAGCUUUGUCACUUUCGUGAAUCAGUUACGGCCUGGCCGCCGGGUCGAACAGACCUAGACAUCUUGUACAUAAAUAAUUACAGUCUAGUCACAAUCAGCUCUCAGCAUUGUCUUUAUUCUUUGUACCUGGUCCGUUCGCCUUUCCCUACCGUAUCUCCUAUUAGGGAGCGUAGAAGAUAGAGAGACCUAGUCAUCCUCAACUCUCUAAAGAUGCAAGAGGAGAUCAUCAGUUCUUCGCAGUUGCUGAAUGAGGACACAAGCUUCUUGAGUCUGUUAUAAGACUCGAUUUGUGCCCGUCCUCUUCUUUCUGAUGGAAUAUAGUUUGGCUUUGAAUAAUUUUCUCAGCCAUGGAUAAUUACUUUGACGCGGCGGCGUUUUUGUCGUCGAACCCAAAUUUGCCGCCAGUAUCAACUUUACUUGAAUACACCUACCCGAAUUUCUCAAUGCCUUAUCAUGAGAGCCAAGACUCCUUUUAUUACAAUGACGCACAGACAAAUGCAGUCGCUCCGGACGAUCGUAGUAAAAAGUCCGGAUACACCGAAGCCAACGCGCAGUACAGAGAACAAGAAGUCACGUCAAAAGCUGUACCCGCAAUAGAGCCGAUGACAAAUGAAGCGCCAACGAUUUCAACUAAUCCAGACGAUUUUUCCGGAGAACUAAAUUUUCAACUUUUCAUCAACCGUGACGAGUGCUAUAAAAAAUCUUUUGUGUAUUCAAAGCAACUCCGCAAAGUGUUCCUAAGUAUGAAUAAGGUGCUGCCAGUGCAAUUUUCUUGGCAAAAUAGCUCGUUCAACCUGCGUGUCCGAGCGUGCAUGAUCUUUCAGGCUAGUCAUAGUCGCGAUAAACCAGUCCAACGCUGCCGAGCCCACAAGGCAAUCGACUUGGAAGAAAAUAAUCACGUCGAAUCACUGCCAAUGAAAUUUACGUUUAGGACCUACCAACGAGGUAGCUUGUACCAAGAAGAUACAAAUAAUGGAUUUUUAUCGAUUGUAACGCCUACAGGACUGCUGAAUCCUGGCCGUGAUUACUUCCAAAUAGACUACGUUUUCUAUUGCAAUACCAGCUGCGUUACUGGCAUCAACAGGAGAGCGACAUUUUUGGUUUUUACACUCGAGAACGAAAAUGGAUUCGUCUAUGGAAGACAAUCACUUUUAAUACAAAUUUGCUGUUGUCCGAAAAGAGAUGCGAAAAAGGAAGAGAAUAAAACGUCGAGUCCCCGUGACAAGCGAAAAAUCAAUAGAGUCAAAAAAGUAGAAAAGCCGGAUCUUUAUCCAGUACCACGGCCGCAUUGUAUAUCGAGGUCACAGCAGUCGUCAUCGAAAUUGCCACAGACGAUGAAAAAGUUGCCACAACGAACGACGAACUAUCCACAGCCAGCGUUCAGAUUGCCGCAGUCAAUUGCACACUUGCCACAAUACAUAUCAGGCUUACAGCAGUCAUCAACAAGCCUGCCGCAACCAUCGAUAAAUUUGCCGCAGCCAACGGAAAAUUUUCCACAGCUAGUGAUCAGAUCGUCGCAGCCAAUGGCAAACUUUCCACAAUAUAUACCAAAUUUACAGCAGACAUCGGCGAGCUUGCCGGAGCCAAGGUCAGAUGCACCGCACUCAACGCUCAGAUCGUCGCAGUCAACGUCAAACUUUCCGCAAUAUAUGCCAAGUGUACACCAGCCGUCAACGAACUUGCCACAACGAAUAAUGAACUGGUCAGAGCCAACAGAAAAUUCGCCACAAUAUACACUAAACUAUCAAGAACCAUCAACGAGCUUUCAACAAUCAAUGAUGAAUUUGCCAGAGUCAACGGCAAAGUGGCCACAGCCAACUAUCAGCUUGCCGCAGCUCACGAACGACGUGUCAAAUUCAACAUCAACGAUGUCUAACGAUAAGAUUGUUGAACAGUUCAAUAUGAAUUUACUAGUUUAUGGAGGCGAAAAUUCCUUGGCUAUAAUGACAUUCUCUUAUAAGAUGAUGUUAAGAGAGGCAUACGAAAGCAAUGAUUUUGCAAGGUAUCGAGAGGUGCUCGAUAACACAAAGCAAAGGAUUGAAGAGCUGCAAAGGGAAAUCUUGCAAAGAGAUGCAGACUCAUCGUUGUAAUAAGAUUUGGGUUCGUGUAUGUAUGUAUAUAUGUAUAUAUUGUGAAAAUAUUCGUGAAUGUAAAUAUAAGGUUUAUACGCAUAUGUAUAUAAAAUUAGAAUAGUGUAAUAAAAUUUAAAUUUAAAAUCAAAAUCAUUGUCUCUGCGAUUAAUCUUGUU